CUUUGUGCGGCCAGCGCGGCCAUUGGCCGCGGAGUGUGGGAACGGCCGCGGCGCCCGGACUCCAGGCGCCAGGCCGCCGCCCGCGCCUAUAUAGGGCGUCGGCGCGCGAGGCCGGUGUCCGCGCCAGCCCGGGACGCGCUUGGCCCUGCCCGCGCCCGCUCGCUUCGUCUCGCCCGGCCUCCCCGCGUCGCCUCCUCGCCUGUUCCGCUCCAGGCAUGGCCCCCAGCACCGUGGCCGUGGAGCUACUCAGCCCCAAAGAGAAAAACAGACUGCGGAAGCCGGUGGUGGAGAAGAUGCGCCGCGACCGCAUCAACAGCAGCAUCGAGCAGCUGAAGCUGCUGCUGGAGCAGGAGUUCGCGCGGCACCAGCCCAACUCCAAGCUGGAGAAGGCCGACAUCCUGGAGAUGGCUGUCAGCUACCUGAAGCACAGCAAAGGUGAGUGCGCCCGGGCCCCCCGCGCCCGGAUUUCCCACCGCGCCCCGGCUCCCCCGCGCCCCGCCGCCCGCUCACCGCCGCCGCCGCGUCUCCCCGCAGCCUUCGUCGCCGCCGCCGGCCCCAAGAGCCUGCACCAGGACUACAGCGAAGGCUACUCGUGGUGCCUGCAGGAGGCCGUGCAGUUCCUGACGCUCCACGCCGCCAGCGACACGCAGAUGAAGCUGCUGUACCACUUCCAGCGGCCCCCAGCCGCGCCCGCCGCGCCCGCCAAGGAGCCCAAGGCGCCGGGCGUCGCGCCCCCGCCCGCGCUCUCCGCCAAGGCCACCGCCGCCGCCGCCGCGCACCAGCCCGCCUGCGGCCUCUGGCGGCCCUGGUGACCCGGCGGGACCUGCGGGCGCGCGGCCCGAGGACCAGAGGGCGAGCCUGCUCUUCUCGCCUGUAGGGAAGCGCCUUCCCGCAGUCGUCCGCCCGGGGCUUGGACGCGCCCUUCUCCGGAAGGCUCCGGCCCCAAGCUGGCCGGCCCGCAGGAGCCCCAUUCUCAGAGAAUGUGUGGGCAGAGUCCCUGCCGCUUUAGGACAAUCAGGGCCCAUCUUCUGCCAAGUGUCUGACCCCAUGGGGUUGUUCUGUGUUUGCAUUUAAGCAAGUGACUUCUGGGAAGUCCCCGGCCGCCCGGGGUUCUAUAAUAUUUGUAGUGCCGGGGCUCGCACACUGGUGCCCCCAGCCUGUAGAGGACUUUCUUCAGGGCCCGUAGCUGCUGGGCGCACUCCUGGCAGGCGGGCUGUGCCGCGGGCACAUUUGCCUUUUGUGAAGGCCGAACUCGAGCUGUAUCCUCAUAGGAAACAGUGAUCACCCCGGACGGGCGUCCAGGACCCUAAGGGCCAUGGCCAAAAGGCUCUAAGUGUGCCUGGUGGUCUGGCUGGGGCUCACGGUGGGCUGUCUGGGGAGGGUGGGUGCCUCCACUAUGAUCCUUAAAGGAUUCCUCUGUGCGGGUGGAUGAGUGUGGGCACGACUUUGUACUCAGAAAUUGAACUUUCAGUCACGUGGAAGCCACGGGACUGCUCUGAAGCCGCUAAUAAAAUCUGACUGUUCAGCCCCCCC